AUGGAUCGAGUUGAUGGAUAUAACGUCUACAUUGGCAGUCUCUUUGCUCUUCGAAACCAGGACGCCCUGAAAGAGGCCAACAUCACGCAUGUCGUCUCUGCCGUGGGACCAAAGGAGCGGCCAUCAGCGAUUAGCAGCCUGCAAAGCUACGACGGCCUCCGGGGGCAUCUUACCCUAGACCUCAUCGACCAGGACAAGGAGAACAUCAUCCAGCAUUUUCCGCAGGCUGUUCAGUUCAUAAAGGCGGCCAUUGCCGAUGGAGGCGCUGUCUUGGUCCACUGCGGUUUGGGAGAAUCCCGGUCAGCUACAAUUGUUCUUGCAUACAUGCUCUACCAGGCUCGUCCGAGGUUGGCCCCUGGAGACGCCCUGCUUGUCCUUAGAGGCAGCCGGGCUAGAUGCCAACCAAAUGCCGGGUUUACUGAGCAGCUGGCGCUCUACCAUCAGAUGGGAUGUCCCAAAAUACUCGAAGACCAGAUCUUAUAUCAACAGUUUCUCAGUAUCGAGACAUGA